AUGAAGAAAGACACGGACGCUUUGUGCCGAUUCCUCUUGUCCCGGAGGCACCUCGUCAUGCAAUGCGUGCCGCAUCCAGAGCUGAAUCUCCACGUAGAAUUGUUUCCGUGGACUGUCGAGGAUGUCCAGUCGUCGUUGUUGGACUUGAAAACCCCAUCACAAGUGAUCAAGUGCUGGCAGUGCUCGGGUGCAUACGUGGCAACUCCCCCGAGCACUGUCGGCGGCGACGUUCAGCUGUGGCACGUGCUCGUGCAUCACGUCCCGACCACUGCCAUCGCCGUCGUCGAAUCGUCGUCCUGCCUAUACGAGUCGAGUCUGGUCCAACAGGUGGCGCUGCUGCAAAAUCAAGUGUUGUGCAGCAUGCCCCGCGACGCCCACGGGGAUGGCUGGGUAUUUGACGUGGAUCCAAGCGAUGGCAUGGUGUUGUUGGAAGAACAAGUGUUGGCAAGGGACGCUAUACCUGCCCAUCCCCCUACUUUGUAUUAUUCUUUAAGCGCGACGUUGCAAGAGACGGUGCAAUCCAAGGAGUCGACGUCUACGAAAGGUUGGCUCAAGUUUGGCUCGGUGGGAGAAGGCUGCACCGUCGACACCUCCAACACCGUCGCAUGUGAAACCGAUGGCCAAUGGACCACUGCGUUGGGCAACAAAUCCAUCAAACAAGGUUCUGGCAAAUACACGUGGCGCAUCAAAAGUGCGCCAACGUCGGGCAAAUCCUCUUGGGGUUAA